GUAGGAGAUACUCGUACUCGAUGCCGCUUUUCCAGCUGUAACCCUGAGCUAGUGCGUCAUUGCUUUUCUCCAGAAUAAUUUUGUCCCACCAACAUUUUAAGCUCUGCCCUCCCUUAUCUCCACGCAUAAACCAACUUAUCGAUAAUCGCGCGCUCGUCUUCCCCUCUGCCCAGGAAUGAAUUGAGUUCGAUUUUCUACUCCAGACACCGUGAAAGCGGUCCGGUCGUCCCGAUACGAUGCGACUUUUCCUCCUUCCUAUUUCUACGCGGCGAGUGCUCAUAUACUGCCAACGAUUAAACGUUGCUGCGCCCGAGAAGCAGACUUGGGCUGACUGGGGGACAUCAAAGGCCACAAAGUUAUGGGCGGGGUGGGAGAAAAGGGAAAGUGGGUGGCAGAGGAAGGUGGUGGAUUAUGGAAACUACGCUCUAAAACGCAUCCCAUAUGAGGAAUGGGGCUUGAAGUCCAUACCCCCAAUCUCAGCGCGGAAGAAGGAGAUAUCUGCCGGAGAGAAAGUUGAAGUUUUCUUUCCAUCGACAGUUUUGCCAGAGCAGAACAUUUUAGAAGUAUUAAAAAAACUGGGAACGGAACGUCAAAGCUUACACCAGAAGCGAUUGAUAUGGAGCUGCAUUGGUAUGCCAAUAUCUGCGCCUUUUGCAAUAGUCCCAGUGUAAGUGCAGGUUAUUUGAAAAUUUGUGAUGCACGGCUAACCAUCUUUCCAGAGUCCCAAAUUUGCCGUUCUUCUACCUCGUUUUUCGGGCAUGGUCACAUUGGAGAGCCCUGUCAGGCUCAAAGCACAUAGAAUUCCUUUUGAAAAAGGAACUCGUCACACCAAAACCCUCGAAGAUAUUAGAUUUGAUUUACGCGGACAAAAACCAACCAUUCAACACUGCGCUUGAGAAGCAGACUAACACCAACCCAAUACCCAAUUCAGUCGAGAGGAUGAUCAUUCAUAAGGGGGAGGCAAAGCAGAUUGCAGAGGCACUUAGCAUGCCGGAACUCGACAUCGAACUUGAUCGAGCUAUUUGGCAGGUAGACAAGUCAAUACAGGCCGAGAAGAAAACAAAAGAGGAAAAGGAAAUAGAGAAGGCUCAAUCAAAGCAAGGAGAGAAGAAGAAAUAAUAUGGGAUGCCAUAUACCAAGAGGUCGGUCUUGUACGAUGUACGAAUUAUGUGUAUGAUAUGGAUGGAAAUGAAAUAUUGAUACAGGCUUGGGUCUUGGGAUAGAGGAUCAUGAAUGAAAAGACCACUCCAUAUAUAUUAUAC